AUGAGAGUACUCAAUAGCGUUGUUCAACUUUACUUGUUAAUUACGGAGUUGAUUGCUAAGAGGAAUCGACAAAGGCUUCGACAAAAGCCUCAUCUUCGUGCCAAUCCUAAUGCUUACCAAAGCCAACUGGACACACUUAAUAGGUUGGUACGCGGGAAUGACAAAACUUGCCAUGACAAUUUGAGGGUAAACAAGCAUACAUUCAUGAUGUUGUGCCAAUUACUUAUCCAAAAUGGGCUAGAGCCAUCUAGGAAUGUUACCGUUGUAGAGAAGGUGGCGAUAUUUUUGUGGAUCCUGUCACACCAUACGAAGAAUAGGUGUACCAUUUUACAAUUUUGGAGAUCAGGGGAAACAAUUAGUAGGCAUUUCAACGCAGUUUUGAUCGCGGUGAUUUGCCUUCACAAUGUCUUGUGGUAUCAUCCUCAGCCUAUUCCUGCCAAUGAGCCGGAUGCUAGGUGGAAGUGGUUUGAGAAUUCUCUAGGGGCUUUAGAUGGUACCUUCAUACCUGUUCUCUCCCCAAUAGAACACAAGGCACGAUAUAGGUCAAGGAAGGGUGACUACGCGACAAAUGUGUUAGGAGUUUGUAGUCGUAACCUACAAUUUGUUUAUGCGUUGUCUGGUUGGGAAGGCUCCGCCACCGACUCAAGAGUGCUCCGAAAUGCCUUGCUAAGGCCUCAUGGGUUGAGAAUUCCACAGGGUCAUUACUACCUCGCCGAUGUUGGUUAUACUAAUGGGCCAGGAUUAUUAGCACCUUACAGAGGUCAACGUUACCACAUUUAA